AUGUGCAACGACUCGCACGGAGUUCCCAGGACGGCACUUGCAAAACCCUUCGUAGCUACACUAGGAAUUGCACCGUGGUUUAUGCACGUCAAACUGAAACCUUCGAUACAACAGCAGCAGUUAGCAUCCGCCUUACAUAUUAACGAGAAGAGUGUUGGCGGACGAGAUGGAUUCUUCACAUGGUUGAAGGAUAUUUUUAAUAAAUCCGCAGAGAAUAAAAGCCGCAAGGCUGACACCGCGAUCGUCGAUCGUGCAGCAACGGCAACAACAUUCAAUCGAUCAGAAAUGCGGCUGGCGAAUUCUUCGGACAAGGUCGACGUCGUUAAUCAAAAACUGGCUAACUUUUGCACGGCGCGAUCGACGACGAAGUUCAAGUAUGAGAACAUCCGUGCUGAGAAGCGUGACGCGAAGAACGGCGGACGUGCGUACACGAUUCAACAGUCGGCAAUCUACACUACGUCGCAGUCGAAUCGUUUUGCGGCUGGAAAAACUUUCGAACGCGGGAUAGAACCUGACUCCUUAUGGCGCGAUCUUGGCAAGAUGUAUCGAUCCGAGAGAAACUGCGGCGCGAUCGAAUUUGCGGCAAGAGACGAUCUCGAUGUGGCCUCGCAUUAUCGUUGUUACACGAGCCCGAGACACUGUUAUCGCCUGCCACCACAUUGGACAAAACAGCCGCUGAUGGGAUUGGGCGUCCCGAAUAGAUACAUCAGCAUGCCAACGCGCGCGCUCGUGGGUUUCGCUCCUAGAAACACAAAGCCACCUAUCAAAGAGCCUAACGUACCCGAAAAGCGCGAGAAGGACGAGAAAAAGGACAAGAAGGAGAAGAAGAAGCCGGUAAUACGUACGGAUAGCGAAUCUGUCGAUAGUAGCGAGAACCAAGCGGAGAUGGUGGCGAGCGAUAACCCGAAGGAUCAUCCCGACGCAACGUUUCGUUACAAUUGGGGCGUGAAACUCGCCAAGAAACAACCGGUCGACGAAACGGCGAACGAUAGCGAUAAGUUCGCCGAAAAGGAUCAGCAAUACGUCACGGAGCGGUUUUGGAACUUGGAACAAUCGAAGCCGGCGACCGCGGGUUCUGAGGGAGACGCGGAGAAGCCUCGAAACGCCUCUUUGAACUUCAGGAGUGGCGAUACCACGACCGAUGGAGCAAAGACCGAUGCUAUCCCAACGCCGAACGAUUCGGUGAAGAAAUCGUAUGCGUCGAAUGUGAAGGAUACAACCGCGGACUAUCUCUCGACUCCGUCGUAUCAGACGGAGACCUACUCGAGUGACGAUAUUGUUGCAGUGCGACAAGAUAGCGAUGAUACGGACUUAUAUAUGAAUUCUGAAGAGCUCCGAAAAAUCAUAAGGACAUCGCCGAACACAUUGAAGGAGACGAUCAUCAAUGAAGAGUACAACAUUCCGGAAGGAACGGAUCUGGACUUCGAGAUUAAGGCCUGGCGGAAUCUCGUGGCGAGAUCAGCCCUGGAAAUCAAAGAGAAUUAUUCACCGCCCAUCGAGGAAAAUCUAGAGAACUUGGUAUCCAUCCGUCCGGAAGCGCCAGAGCCGAAGUUGGACGUGCGAAUUGUAAAGUCCACCGAGGACGACUUAAAAGAUUCGGAUUCUGGAUACGUGUCUCCGAAAUCCAUAGAGAUUAAACAAGUUGGACCUCCGAAAAGACCAGACGGUUACUUUACCGGCAAGAAACUGCACACUAUGAGCACACAGAUUCGUUAUGUACAUACGAAUAACAUCGUUCAACGACUCAUUGGAUCACUUUUAAGCAACUUUGCUCUUGAUAAAACUAUGCAGACCAAAUAUCCAGGAUUUACUGAUUCGAAUAAUACGCCAAACAACCGAUCUCUUUUACCUGUAGAACCUCAAAGAUUUUCAAGUAGCAAUCAGGAACAAGCGAACACUGAUCUCGUAGAGACGUUAAAUAAGAUCGCGGACAAGGAAAUGGAGAUUUCUAUGAACCAGCUGCAAAGUACUAGUCAUAAAAAGGUUACUCAUUCGAAUUCUUCUAAAUUUACGCAAAAGGAUCAACCUCGUUAUAAAGAUGAGGAAGCGCAGGAGGAAACGGAACGUUACGAAAAGUCACACGUUAAUUACGAGGACUUACAUGAUAAAGGCGUUACAGGUGUCGACUGCAACAAUCAAUCAACUAAUAGCGAAUCAGUCAAAUCGUACGCGAUCAAAUCGACCAAGGAAGAUUCGAGGAACAAUAGUACUACUUUUGACUCAAACGAGAAGGACGCAGACGAUAAUCCGAGCAACGAAGACAUCAUCGAUGGCGAUUAUAUACGAUUACCCGGCGAUCCUUAUCCUUACAACAGAGAAAAUCUAGAAAAAUGGCGCGUGCCACGUACCAGAAAUCUCAUCUAUAAGCCGUGGAAGCGAGAAAUGUCCCGUUCUUCCGAAUCUUCCACCGUGAAGUCAACCCUGAGAAACGCUAAUGACGCGUACGCAAACGCCGCCAGGGAGUCGCGUGAUUCUCACGUCGGUGAUGCGGUAAUGGAGAUUUCAGGAAGUGGCGGCGAUGGCGGCGCAAGAAAGAGGACGGGACAGGCAAACGGAUUCCGCGUGUCCUCUCGGGAUCAGCAGGUGGUGUCUGAUUGCCUGCGUGGCGACGCCGCGGAUAUACUGGGGCUGCAGCAAUGGACGGAGGCCUUUUCGCGGCUCGACGUCCACAAGAAGACGAACAAGGCGGCGCGAAGCGACAACAACGCGCCGUUCCGUGCCCACUAUGAGUAG